ACUGCUUCCCUCCAGUCUGUGCUGUAGUUUGGGAAGAUUUAAGAGGCCAGGGAGGUGCUUGCGUGGGUUUUAACUAACCCGAAACGAUCAUUAAUGUAUCUCUUAGUUCUGCGAGGGAUCGGGCAAGGCGUACUCGGAGCCCGGAUGCGUUUUCACAGGGUCACUACGAGGUGCUGGUCCUUUACCGGUCUGAGCGGUCCAAUGAGGGACCCGCCUGGAGGCCCACCCUAGAGCUGCGGGCCGGUCUCCCUAAGUGCUAAGGGCACCCAGAACGCCUUGAUUUCUGUGCAAAAUGGAAACUCCCAGCCGGCGUAGACCUGGAAGGGAUAUAGCCAGUUACGGAGGGCGCCGGGGAAGCUCACAAGAUUACCCCACAGGUGUGCGGAGAGGGACUUUGAACUGUGGGGGUCACCCAGCCAACUUCGAAGCUGGUCUUUCAGUGCUGCCUUUGUACACGUCGAUGCCCUCCUAGCCAGCCGCCACGGGAUGGAGGGCUUCAUGGACUCAGGGACACAGACUGAUGCUGUGGUGGUGCUGUCUUUGGCUCAGGCCGCCGUGCUGGGCCUGGUCUCGGAAAAUGAACUCUUUGGAGCCACCAUAAGCGCCGAAGCCUUCUACCCGGACCUGGGGCCGGAGCUGUCUGGGGCAGCCAUAGGGGAGCCCCGGCCCCCAGGCCCCGACGUCUACCAGCUGGCCUGCAACGGGCGGGCCCUGGAGGAGCCGGCCGAGGAGGAGGUGCUGGAGGUGGAGGCGGCCUUCGAGAAGCACACCCGGCGGAAGACGAGGCCACCUGUGCGCCUGGUGCCCAAGGUCAAGUUUGAGAAGGUGGAGGAGGAGGAGGAGGUCUACGAGGUGUCGGUGCCCGGCGGCGAUGACAAGGAUGCUGGCCCAGCAGAGGCCCCAGCCGAGGCAGCUAGCGGCGGCUGCGAGGCCCUGGUGCAGAGCAGCGCGGUCAAGAUGAUCGACCUCAGCGUCUUCAGCCGCAAGCCCCGGACGCUGCGACACCUGCCCCGCACCCCGCGGCCGGAGCUGGACGUAGCCCCCUUCGACCCCCACUUCCCCGACCCGGCCCGGGAUGCCUUCGCCGAGCCCAGCAUGGCGCUGCCCAGGCCGGAGGCCCUGUCUGUGGAGUGCAGCUUCGAGCCGCCGCACCUGCCCCCGCUGAGCGACCCCGAGCCCCCGACCAUGGAGUCCCCGGAGCCCGUGAAGCCAGAGCAGGGCUUCGUGUGGCAGGAGGUGGGCGAGUUCGAAGCGGACACAGCCGGCUCAACGGUGGAGCGCCACAAGAAGGCCCAGCUGGACCGGCUGGACAUCAACGUGCAGAUCGACGACUCGUACCUGGUGGAGGCCGGCGACCGGCAGAAGCGCUGGCAGUGUCGCAUGUGCGAGAAGUCCUACACGUCCAAGUACAACCUGGUGACGCACAUCCUGGGCCACAACGGCAUCAAGCCGCACUCCUGCCCGCACUGCAGUAAGCUCUUCAAGCAGCCCAGCCACCUGCAGACGCACCUGCUGACGCACCAGGGCACCCGGCCGCACAAGUGCCAGGUGUGCCAGAAGGCCUUCACGCAGACCAGCCACCUCAAGCGCCACAUGCUGCUGCACUCGGAGGUCAAGCCCUACAGCUGCCACUUCUGCGGCCGCGGCUUCGCCUACCCCAGCGAGCUCAAGGCCCACGAGGUGAAGCACGAGAGCGGCCGCUGCCACGUGUGCGUCGAGUGCGGCCUGGACUUCUCCACGCUGACGCAGCUCAAGCGCCACCUGGCUUCCCACCAGGGCCCCACCCUCUACCAGUGCCUGGAGUGUGACAAGUCCUUCCACUACCGCAGCCAGCUGCAGAAUCACAUGCUCAAGCACCAGAACGUGCGGCCCUUCGUGUGCACCGAGUGCGGCAUGGAAUUCAGCCAGAUCCACCACCUCAAGCAGCAUUCGCUCACCCACAAGGGCGUGAAGGAGUUCAAGUGCGAGGUGUGCGGCCGGGAGUUCACCCUGCAGGCCAACAUGAAGCGGCACAUGCUGAUCCACACCAGCGUCCGGCCCUACCAGUGCCACAUCUGCUUCAAGACCUUUGUGCAGAAGCAGACCCUCAAGACCCACAUGAUUGUCCACUCGCCCGUGAAGCCGUUCAAAUGCAAGGUGUGCGGGAAGUCCUUCAACCGCAUGUACAACCUACUGGGCCACAUGCACCUUCACGCGGGGAGCAAACCCUUCAAGUGCCCCUACUGCUCCAGCAAGUUCAACCUCAAGGGCAACCUGAGCCGGCACAUGAAGGUCAAGCACGGCGUCAUGGACAUCGGCCUGGACAGCCAAGGUGGGUGGGCCACACGCCGAGGACGGAGCAGGAGCGGUCCUGUCAUGGCGCACUCAGGAGCCUCCUGUCCAGUGAGGGGAGCGGGGAGGCUGGCCAGGCCUGAGACCUCACUGGGGUGGGCUCAGGUCUGGAGAGGGGGCUCCCCGGAGGGCCAUCAGCGUGAUAACGAUGGGACGUUUAUGUAUUCUCCAAAGGACUUACGUGGGCUCACAUAAACAAUAAUAAAAAGAAUAUUUGUUGAGUGCUGUGUGCCAAGCCUUUAUUAACUCAUGUGACCCUCACUGCGAGGUUGGCUCUCUUAUUAUCACCAUUGUACAGAUGCAGGCACUGAAGGAUAGAGAAGUUAAGGAACUCAUGCAAGAUCAUCACUGAGACAGGGCAUUUUUAACACAUUAUUUGACCAGAGAUGUGUUAAUAUGUCUUUUAUUGCCCAGACGUUAUUGACUGGAGACAUAUCAAUAUGUUUUUAGAGAGUGAUACAAUUAACGUCACCAUGCAGUUAUUAGAGCUUAAAAUUGAUCAAGGGUUCAUUAUACAACUUAUGACUGUCAUAAUUCACAUUUUGCUCUGUUAGAUUUUUGUUCCAACCUUGUGUAUAUUAUAGAUGCAAGUUUAUUACCAUAAAAUUUCAAAAAUGACGCAUUAUGAAAUUUUGAGUAAAACAAGAACUUUUCGGUGAAUUUUAUGCAGUUACUUCCUCUGAUUGUCUAAGCAACAUAAAUACUAGUGUCUCAGAAGAUGAUAGUUCUUCAGGAUAUAGUUCUGAUUCAAACGAUGUAUUAGACCAACAGACCAAAAAAAAAAAACCUUAGUGUUUGAUUGGGAUACUCAAAGUGAAAAUGAAACUCAUGGUGCUGGAGAAGACUUUAUAGGUGUGUCAGGUAUAACUAUUGAAUGUGAUAAUCUGCAAAGUGUUAGUGAAAUAACAGAAUUAAUAUUUGACUGGCCAAAAUAAAAAUCACUGGUCAAAGGCAUUCGUUUCUGGAAAAAUCCCCCAGUUGAUAAUGAGUUUAAAAAUGGAUGGGAAGGAAAGUAACAAAAGGGAAAAUGCCAACUGAAAGAUAAGGGAGAGCCAGGUAGAGGUCACAAUCCCAAGUACAAGUGGGAGGUUCUGUGGGCAUGCAGAAGGGAGCCCUAAGCUUCCUAGUGGCCAAGGCAAAAAGGGUAAUACAGUCAGUCACACUCUUCCUAGUGCCUGGCGGAACGAAUGCAGCCCACAUACUCAGGAGACUUGCUCACCUCUGCAGUUGGCGGAGGUUUCAUUGGCUGUUGGUUAUAACAUCCCCACGUGUUAGGAUGACCUCUCCCCUCAACACUGGUCAGUAGUGGAAGCACCUUAUUCUUUCUGGCCUCAUGGGGAGGAGACACUUUAGACAUCCUACAGGAAGGAGUAGACAGCCACACUUUCAGAAGGUACCUUGUAUAGUCUGGAGCUGUUUGACUUUCUGGAGUUCCUUCCAAGACGCAUAGCUAGGAAUGUGUGUCGACAAUCACCGCGUGGGUUGACUUGCUGUGUGAGGUUACUCAGGAGGAGCCAAUCAGAUGCUGGGGCGUGAUGGCAAUAACCCUGCUCUAGCUUUGGAACAGUGAGCGGCCUGGGGUUUUCUGGUAGAAACAAGUGUCCUCAGUUUUCCAUUCUCUCUGAGUGAGGAUGAAAUGCUGCUGGCUGCAUAUAGAUGCUCUGUUACACCUUCUUCCUUAAUAUGUGGUUCUAGGACCAGCAGUGUUGGCAUCACCUGGGAUCUUGCUAGAACUGCAGACUCACCUCCACCCCAGACCUGCUGAAUCGGGAUCUGCAUUUCAGAAAGAUCCCUCGGUGAUUUGUUUGCACUGGAAAACUUGAGAGGCAUCGAAUGAAGUGAUGGUUUUCAAAUUUGAGCCAGGGAGCAUGAGAAUCACUGGAGGCUUGUUAAAGUGCUGAGUCCCAGCCCCCAGAGCUUCUCAUUCUGUAGGUCUGGAGUGGGGUCAGACCAUUUGCAUUUCCAAGUUCUCAAGUCAAAGGGAAGCUACCGGUCAAGAAACUCACAUUGGGAACCUCUGAUCUAAGCUCUAGAGAACCGUUCUUAAACUUGGCUACACAUUGAAAUCACUUAGAGAAGUUUUAAAGUGCUGAUGCCUGAGUCUCAACCACAGAGAUUCAAAUGUAAUUGAUCUGGCGUGUGGCCCAGGACCCGGAUUUUUUUUUUAAGCACCUUAGGUAAUUCUAUGCGCAGUAGAGUCUGAGAGCGGGUGCUCUAGUGCAUCUGCUGGGAAGCAAACCCACCAGGAAGGACAGAGCAGGACUGGUCCUUUGAAAGCAGCUGUCCCUACAAACCUCUCUCCCAGGGUAUGGCUAAGGCAUAAGCUCUUUCCAUCUGAGGUCAGCAACCAAGGAGGCCUACGGUGGCUUUCUUCCUGAUUGUACCAGGUGACAGACAGUACAGCAAGGAUUGACAUAGGAAUGGCUGGGGCCCAAGUCACUCAUAUAUAACCUUGGUCUGAGAAGCUCAGGCUUGAUUUUGUGCAGGCAGAAGGCAGCAUACAUUCUAGAUAGAGCUAUCCAAUAAACCAUAGGACUGUAAUUUAAGAGGUAGAUUAGUGUUUUGGGAAAAAAAAAAAAAAA